AGGGGUUUUGAAAAUCUGCGAUUUCGGUUUGGCCCGUCAGUACUCGGAACCGAUCGACACCAUGACUCGCAAGGUUGUCACGUUAUGGUAUAGAGCACCAGAGUUACUACUGGGACCAGCAGAUUACAAGUACACUACGGCAAUCGAUAUGUGGUCAUGCGGAUGUAUAGUAGGGGAAAUUAUCAGACGGGAUCCGCUCUUCGCUGAAGCCUCUGAGGUUGACGUGCUUGAGAAGAUACUCGACUUAGUAGGGACGCCAAAUGUUAACCGCAAAUGGCCCGAGUUCCGAUCGUAUGUUACGGCGAAAGGAUUGAAGAUAAGGACGAGACAGCCGAAUUGGAGGAGUGCUGCUAUUGGCUUUCCGCAGGCCGGCAUAGUUUCUUCUGUUUCCUGUCCAUUAACACACGUUGGUUUGGAUUUGAUGCAAGGGCUCCUAGACUUGAACCCGGUCACCCGGCUAUCAGCUAAAGCAGCUCUCAAUCAUCCGUGGCUCACACAGGAGAAGCCAGCACCACGUGAAAAGGAGUCUAUGCGACAGUUCUUUGAGGGCAAUAAUAAACUGCAUGAUAUGAGGAAGAGGAAGAACAGAA